GGCGACGCCGAGGAGGCCCCCGCCGAGGCCCAGUCUCCCAGUCCCGCAUCGUCCCCGGCCGACGGGCGCCUCAAGGCUGCGGCCAAGCGCGUCACGUUCCCCUCCGACGAGGAUAUUGUGUCCGGAGCGGUGGAGCCCAAAGACCCUUGGAGACACGCCCAGAACGUGACUGUGGACGAGGUCAUCGGCGCUUACAAGCAGGCCUGCCAGAAGCUGAACUGCAGACAGAUCCCCAAGCUCCUCAGGCAGCUCCAGGAGUUCACGGACCUCGGGCACCGUAUUGACUGUCUGGACCUGAAAGGUGAAAAGCUCGACUACAAGGCCUGUGAGGCCCUGGAAGAGGUGUUCAAGAGGCUGCAGUUCAAGGUCGUGGAUCUGGAGCAGACGAACCUGGACGAAGAUGGCGCCUCAGCCCUCUUUGACAUGAUUGAGUACUACGAGUCAGCCACCCACCUCAACAUCUCCUUCAACAAGCACAUCGGCACCCGGGGCUGGCAGGCCGCCGCCCACAUGAUGCGCAAGACCAGCUGUCUGCAGUACCUUGACGCCCGCAACACGCCCCUGCUGGAUCACUCAGCGCCCUUCGUGGCCCGUGCUCUGCGUAUCCGUAGCAGCCUGGCGGUGCUGCACCUGGAAAACUCCAGCCUAUCGGGACGGCCCCUCAUGCUGCUCGCCACGGCCCUGAAGAUGAACAUGAACCUUCGGGAGCUGUACCUGGCUGACAACAAGCUCAAUGGCCUGCAGGAUUCAGCCCAGCUGGGCAACCUACUCAAGUUCAACUGCUCUCUGCAGAUCCUGGACCUCCGUAACAACCACGUGCUGGACUCUGGUCUGGCUUACAUCUGUGAAGGCCUCAAGGAGCAGAGGAAGGGGCUGGUGACCCUGGUGCUGUGGAACAACCAGCUCACACACACGGGCAUGGCUUUCCUGGGCAUGACGCUGCCGCACACACAGAGCCUGGAGACGCUGAACCUGGGCCACAACCCCAUUGGGAAUGAGGGCGUGCGGAACCUCAAGAAUGGCCUCAUCGGCAACCGCAGCGUGCUGCGCCUCGGCCUGGCCUCCACCAAGCUCACUUGCGAGGGCGCGGUGGCGGUGGCGGAGUUCAUCGCCGAGAGCCCCCGCCUCCUGAGACUGGACCUUCGGGAGAACGAGAUCAAGACGGGCGGGCUCAUGGCACUGUCCUUGGCCCUCAAGGUGAACCACUCCCUGCUGCGCCUGGACCUUGACCGUGAGCCCAAGAAGGAGGCGGUGAAGAGCUUCAUUGAGACGCAGAAGGCGCUGCUCGCCGAGAUCCAGAAUGGCUGCAAGCGCAACUUCGUGCUGGCGCGGGAGCGGGAGGAGAAGGAGCAGCGGCUGCAGCUGUCAGCCUCCAUGCCCGAGAUCACCGUCACCGAGCCCCAGCCUGACGAGGAGCCCGGGGACGAGCCUGCCGCCCAGGCACAGGAGAAUGGGGACCCAGCACCCGGGCCUGGCCUGGACUCAGACUCAGACUCAGACUCUGAGGGGGAGGAUGAGGAGAGGGCUAUGGCCCCCUGCCCCACCCCAGUGCCCCCAACGGACUCCCUGGGCCCUGGGGACAGGAGCCCCCCAGGCAGCCCUUCCUCCCCCACUGAGCAGCGAAUUUCUGUGUCCAGCCCAGGCCGAGGCCACAAAGUGUUUGUGGUGACUCGAGUGGAGAGCCCACCUGAGAGAGCAGAGCCCCCUGUGUCACCCUCUCCUUGUCCUCCCUCCCCACCUGCCUUAUCUUCCCCACCCGAAUCACCUGCCCUACCACCAGCUGAGGCCAUCAGCACUCGGGACCCAGGGUCAUCUGAGCCUCAGCCACAGCCAGAGCCGCCUCAGUCAGGGCCACCGCUGCCCAAUGGCCUGAAGCCCGAGUUUGCCCUCGCACUGCCCCCAGAGCCACCCCCGGGGCCCGAGGCCAAGGCGGGCAGUUGUGGCCUGGAACAUGAGCUGAGCUGCUCCAAGAAUGAGAAGGAGCUCGAGGAGCUGCUUCUGGAAGCCAGUCAGGAAUCUGGGCAGGAGACACUGUGACACUUUAGUUCCUUUUUUUCCGGUCGGUCUUCAACAAGCUGAGGCCAGAGCCAUGAGAAUCUGCUCACCCUCAUCCCCAGCCUUCCUGAGGCCCAGGACGCCAGGGGUGUGGGGGGCCUUUCUGGGGACCACCGCCCCCCCACAACAACACUACAUGGGAUGCAGGAGCUACGGGGAGUGGCCCUCGCAUCCUUACUUGAACACUUCUAUUUAUGUGUCCAGCACCUGAAGCCUCUGGACUGGAGUGGGGCGGGGUGGGGUAGGGAGGAGGAGUCUCCAAGGUCAUCAGCCCCAAAGCUGGCUCUUUUCUAGAGGGGCCUAUUGGGCCAGGCUUGCCCUGUGGAGGCAGGAGUCCUGGGUGGUGGUGGGAUGCCCUCCAUCCCUCAUGGCCCUGGGCACAGAACGAGGCAGGAGGCAUGGUGUGGGGGGUGGUGAGUGGUGGUGGUGGUUGAACUUUGUAGAGCAACCCCAGACAGGGUGCAGGCCGGGGUGGGUGGGGGGAGAUGGGAGCAGAGGAUCAGAGCUUUCUUUUUCUUAAGUGCAAUAAAUCU